AUGGCCAUCACCCACCCGCAAGGUCUCCGCCCACACAUGCACGCAGCCGCCAGGGCUACCGCACCGGUGGUAGCGCCUAAACUUGGCCCUGUCUCGUCCAAAAUAUUACCAAGUCUUUUGGUACUAGGAGUCGCUUACACCGUUGGCUCAUAUGUACGCUCGCAAUUGACGCGCGAAGCCGGCACGAUGGACCGCAUCUUCGCUCAGCAAAACACGCCCGAGGUUGAGGAAUCACGAAGAAGGGGCUUACAAGUCGAGACCAACGGAGACCCGCGAAACAGCCUUCUCAACUGCUUGGGCUGGUCUUAAAAAAACCUACGGAAUAGAAAGGAAUGAUAUAAUUCCUAUCUAGAGAUUACAUGGGGACACAUACAUCUUUGGAAAGGCUAUUUGGGUCGAUUCUUCAGAUUCCCUUUUGUUACAAUCUUCAUGUCGCAUAGAUUGGGCGUUUUGGGAAAAUAUUUGGCAUAGGAUGCGACAAUCGAGCAUCGGUAUUAUUAUUCGAGAUACCUAGUGUAACUUGUACUUACACCUCGCUCUUACAGAGCAC